AUGAGGCGCGCGGACGCCGAGCUGCGGAUCCACUUCAGUCCGGGGCGCGUGCGGCUGGUGCAGGAGGAUGUGUGUGUGCCCAGUCGCAGGGUUCUGGUGACGGGUGCGACCGGCCUGCUGGGCCGGGCCGUCUGCAGAGAGUUCCAGAACAGCGGCUGGUGGGUGGUGGGAACCGGGUACCGCCGCGCCAGGCCACGCCUCCUCCGCUGUGACCUGCUGGACGAGGACGCCGUCAGGACGCUCGUCCACGACUACAAGCCUGACGUGAUUGUCCACUGUGCGGCAGAGAGGAGGCCGGAUGUGGUGGAGCGCCACACGGAGGCCGCCGUCAACCUCAACGUGCACGCCACCGCCACGCUCGCCAAGGAGGCCGCCGGCUCAGGUGUGUUCUUCCUGUACAUCAGCACUGACUACGUGUUUGACGGGAGGAAUCCUCCGUACGGGGAGGACGACUCUCCAAACCCUCUGAACCUGUACGGCCGCAGCAAGCUGGAGGGGGAGAGAGAGACACUGCGCCACUGUCCAGGGGCGGCCGUGCUGCGUGUGCCCGUGCUGUACGGCGAGGUGGAGUUUGUGGCAGAGAGCGCGGUGACGGCGCUGUGGCCGCGUGUCCAGGAGGGGGCGGCAGAGAGCUGCACGCUGGAUCACUGCCUGCAGAGGUUUCCCACCGACGCCCGCGACGUCGCCGCCGUCUGCAGGAAGCUGUCCGAGAGAGGGAUACAGGAUCGCUCCAUCAGGGGAAUCUUCCAUUUCUCAGCCAAAGAGCGGAUGAGCAAAUAUGAGAUGGCUGUUGCCAUGGCGCAGGCCUUCAACCUGCCCUCCUCCCAUCUCAUCCCUCUGACGGAGCAGCCGGCCGGCUCGGCGGUCCGUCCCGUCAACAGCGAGCUGAACUGCUCCAGGCUGGAGCUGCUGGGUCUGAGCGUGGAGCCCCGCCCCUUCAGAGCCGCCAUCACCGACUGUCUGUGGCCCUUCCUACCCGACAAGCGCUGGAGGCAGACCGUGUUCCACUGACACACACACUGACACACACACACACACACACACACACACACACACACACACACACACACACACAAACUCACUCACACAGUUCCAGUAUAAAUGUGCUCUCUGUGCUGCUUUAACCCUUUCAAACCUGGAGGGACGUCAGAUUUCCUCUGUUCAAAUGUUCAAAUAUUCAAAUGUCUGUGAAAGCUUUCAAGAAAUAUAUAUUCACAUAUGAACACACACACACACACACACACACACACACACACGCACACACACACGAGCAUUUAACCCUUUGAAACCUGAGCAGAUUAGUUUGAUUUCCUUCAGAAACAUGGUAAAGGCAGAGGAGAGAGAGAGGCACUGAGGGGAGAACGGCCCGGUUAAUUUUCUUUUAAGUUUUUCUGAUCAGAGGAGUGUGCUGAGCGGUCAGGGGGCUGAGGCAGCAGGGUGUCGGGCUCCUCCUCCUCCCCCUUCUCCCCCUCUUCCUGUCCCUUUGCUUGUGGUCGACUCCCUCCCCGCACUGCAUUGUGGGACAGCAACCAACAGGAAGUGUGUCCUCCCAGUGCUGAGCUGCGUUAUAUGAAACCCACUGGAGUUCUGGGCGAGGCCCGCCCACAGGGGUUGGGUCAGGGCUCUGAUUGGCUGAGGGGUUACGUCAGGCAUGUUUCAGUGAACAGGUCAGCGGAGCUCUGACCAAUCACAGAGCUGGUGGGCGUGUCUCUUCUUGUGCCCAGAACUCUGGUGGGAUCCAUAAUACCACAACCUCCAGGUGGGUGCAGUUGUGCUGUUUGGCCAGCAGGUGGCGCCACAGCCUCCUGCCUCACCGCAGACACACGCCUGUGCUUUUACUUCCUCCUUCAUGCUGAACGUAGUUUUCAGUUUCUUGUGUGUUAAUUAAAAAAAUCCUCCUGGAUAUGAGUGUAUGUACAUAUUUCUCUGUGUGUGUGUGUGUGUGUGUGUGUGUGUGUGUGUGUGUGUGUGUGUGUGUGUGUGUGUGUGCGUGCGUGUGUGUCAAAUUGAAGCUACACACUCCUGUACUCUUUCCAUGCUGUGCUAAUACUGCUGAUGAUGAUAUUAUUCUUCUUAUUAUUGUUAUGAUCAUUCCUGCUGUUACUGUUCACAUUAAACCUGAAAAAAACAAA